GUAUUGCGCAAUUGUAAGAAAGCUACGUAAGGUAUAAACGCGGAUGAAAAUAUCACCUGAACCAGAGCUUUUGUAACGUUUGAAGGGUUGUCUACACGAAGUAAAGAUGAUCUCUAAAGUAACCAUAGGAGGCGGCGUUCUUGCCUUGAUUCUUCUCAUUCUACAGACAGUAGCAGUAGCGACACCGAACUGGUUCAUCUUAACGGUUUCAGGAAAAACAACACUAGAAAUCGGAUUAUUUUCUGUCUGUGUACCAGAGGUGAAAUGCAUAUCGUAUGGAACAUAUAUAUUUAAAGGAGACAGACCGUCAUUUAGUUACAUAGCCUUUGUUGGACUACAUCUCCUUGGGUGUUUCUUCAAUUUCGUGUCCAUGAUCAUCUGUGUUACUCACGCUGUCUCCCCGAAUUCCAAUCCUGAACGGUCUUUUAUCAAGCGGACGUCUGUAAUGUGGUUCUUGUCGGGUGGUUUUAUCCUUGCUGGAGCUUUAUGGGUCUAUAUAUCGUUAGCGAAAUUCGUGUCACUCAAGGCUAGUUUGUCAGUGUCGGUUUCGGUUGAUCCCGGCUAUUCCUUCUAUCUAGGGUGCCUUUCAGGAGUAUUUCAUAUUAUCGCAGCCAUCGCAGCAUUCGCUUUGAGCGCCGUUGCAGAUCGUUUGCCGAUAAUGACCGCUGGCGUUGUGUCCACUGGAACUCCUCAGAUGCUCGUUAUGCAAGCCGAUACCAGUGGAUAUCCAUCUGUCGGCCCUACAGGAUUCACCAAUGUCGACAACACGGGACAUCAAAAAAGCACUCCGGAAUAUCCGACAAACGCUUCGUAUGGAUUGCCUCAGUACCACCCGUCCUAUGGAUACGAUCAACCAUAAAUUAACAUGUAAUAUGUAUGUGCCAUGACGUUAACUUUAUUUGCACAACUCAGAAUAUUUUGUCACCUUGAUAUGAAUAAAAAUCAUGCACAGCUAUAUGCAUCAUA